AUGGCCAGGCGGAAGAAAAAGAGACGUACUCAUGUUCGUCCUAGUGAGACGCCCCUCCCGAAUGCUCCGAUAAUACCGCAUUCCUUUGUCAUAAAGUCAGGAAAAGUUGGUAAAUCGGUAUCUGGCCUUGUGAGGGAUAUUCGCCGUGUUAUGGAACCUAACACUGCGACCAAAUUACGGGAACGCAAACGCAACAAAUUGAAAGACUUUGUCGCCAUGACCGGUCCCUUGGGCGUUACCCAUAUUUUAAUCUUUACUCAAACAGAGACUGGUACUAAUCUUCGGAUUGCUCGAUGUCAACGGGGGCCUACACUUUGUUUUCGAGUGACAAAGUAUGCCUUGAUUUCCGAUGUGCUCCACGAACAGAAACACGCAAAGAGCCCUGGAACAGAAUAUUUGACUUCUCCAUUGCUAGUAUUAAAUGGAUUCGACGGAGAAGACAAGCAAAUGAAGUUGAUGACAACCAUGUUUCAGAAUAUGUUUCCACCUAUAAAUGUCAAAACGAUGAAUCUCUCUGAAGCAAGACGAGUUGUGUUAUUAAACUACAACAGUGAUACGAAUUUAAUCGAUUUUCGACAUUACAGCAUUGGAGUGAAACCAAUUGGUGUCAGUAAGAAACUGAAGAAAAUAACUGCAAAUGAGGUGCCUGAUCUUCACGAGUACAACGAUAUUAGUGAAUAUAUUCUACGUAAAGGAAUGUCUGAAAGCGAAGCGGAAAGUGAAGCAGAAACAAGUGCAGUAACUCUCUCUCAGAAUUACCUUGGCCGCAGCAACCCCAAAUCCUCCCAGAGAGCAAUAAAGCUGACUGAAAUUGGACCACGUAUGGAAUUACGGUUAGUCAAAAUACAGGCUGAAAUGUGUGACGGUGAAAUUCUAUUUCACCACCAGGGUAUGUCAUAA